GUAGACGGGCUCUGGACGCAUGCAGUGAGACAGUUGUGUCAUGUCAAACGCUGUCAUUUAUGAGAGCAUUUUAGAAGGUUGUGUGUGCCUGUCAGGCUGAAGGAGCGCGAAGGGGGGGACUAUGUAUGUGCUGCAAAUUAGUUGAUUUUACUAAACGAUUAUCAGGUCGGUUAGCUGGUUAUCCUGUGUUUGCAUUGUGUUAUCAUUUUAACGUAAGUCGUAGUCAGUCUGUAUCUGUAAUGUUUUGAUUAGGCCUAUAGUUAUAUGUUGGGGUGUAGUUUUCUUGAAGGGUGUUCCCGGUUUAAAUUACUUUAGUGCCACGUCAAAGUGACGGAGGUAAGAGGUGGACCUAGGGGCGGUGCACUUAUCACUACGAAUGUGUCCGGCCAGAGUGGCAGAGCAACAGAGGCAUCAAGACUUGUAAGCAUUUGAGAGUGUUUGUCUGAACAUAAUAAGAAUGGACAGAUUGAGAGAACGACUGACUGAGGCUGGGCAGUCCCACCUCUUGCAGUUCUGGAAUGAGCUCAGUCCUGAGGACCAGGCUGAGAUGAGCCAGGAUCUGGAGGGCAUGAACUUCAAGGAGAUCAAUGGCUUCUUUAAGAGUGCCAUGGAGACGUCCUGCCAAACAAAACAAGAGAAAGUUGACAGUCGAAUGGAGCCAGUGCCCAGGGAAGUCCUUGGGAGCGUGACUCGUGAUCGAGAGUCUGUCAAAGAUUGGGAGAAAGAGGGACUCCGCUGCAUUGCCCAGAACAAAGUUGCUGUUCUUCUACUGGCUGGUGGGCAGGGGACCCGGCUGGGCGUCUCAUACCCCAAAGGCAUGUACGAUGUCAGCCUGCCCUCACACAAAACCCUCUUUCAGAUCCAGGCCGAGCGCAUCCUGAAGCUCCAGCAGCUUGCUGAGCAGCAGCACAACACUAAGUGCUGCAUCCCCUGGUACAUUAUGACCAGUGGGAGAACAAUGGAGUCAACCAAAGAGUACUUCUCAAAACACAACUACUUUGGCCUAAGCCAAGAUGAUGUUGUAUUCUUCCAGCAAGGCAUGCUUCCCGCUAUGGAUUACAGCGGGAAAAUUAUCCUGGAGAGUAAGGGGAAACUCUCCAUGGCUCCAGAUGGCAACGGAGGUCUGUACAGGGCCCUGGGCACACAGAAGAUCAUAGUGGACAUGGAGAGGAGAGGUAUCAGCUGUAUCCACGUAUACUGCGUAGACAACAUCUUGGUGAAGGUGGCUGACCCAGCCUUUGUUGGCUUUUGUGCACUAAAGGGAGCUGACUGUGGAGCAAAGGUUGUGGAGAAGACCAAUCCGACAGAGGCCGUGGGCGUGGUCUGCAAAGUGGACGGCCGCUACCAGGUGGUGGAAUACAGCGAGAUCACCCUGGCAACAGCGGAACGGCGGAGCGCCGACGGGCGGCUGAUGUUCAACGCCGGCAACGUGGCCAAUCACUUCUUCAGCCUGACGUUCCUGAGAGACAUCGUCAAUAUCCAUGAGCCUCAGCUUCAGCACCACGUGGCCCAGAAGAAAAUCCCCUAUGUGGAUACACAAGGGCAGCUAAUCAAACCCGACAAACCCAACGGGAUUAAAAUGGAAAAAUUUGUCUUUGACAUCUUCCAGUUUGCCAAGACGUUUGUGGUGUACGAGGUCUUGCGAGAGGACGAGUUCUCGCCCCUGAAGAACGCCGACAGUCAGGACGGGAAGGACAACCCCACCACGGCGCGCCACGCCCUCAUGUCGCUCCAUCACCGAUGGGUGCUCAACGCCGGCGGGCAUUUCAUCGACGAGAAUGGCACGCGAGUCCCCGCAAUCCCCAGACACGGACCUGCAGGGAGUGUUUCACCCGGUGUCACCCAGAACUUGAAGGAUGGCACAGACCUACCAAUCAAAUGUGAGAUCUCACCACUUGUCUCCUAUGGGGGAGAGGGAUUGGAAGGAUUGGUGAAGGGCCGUGAGUUCCGUCCCACACUGGUCAUUGACAAACACGGACUCCAUGAACUGGUGAAGAACGGACUGUGAGGAACAAGAUGGCGGCAGUCGAAGAACCAAAUGGAAAUUCCUUCAUCUGUUUGCCUCUCGAACUGGGGAAACUGAAGUUAUUGUGCAAUAAAAUGAAGGAAGGAAGCGUCUUGCAGCCAACUGCACGAAAACCGUUUUAAAAGAUUGAGCUAUAUUUAUUUUGCGAAGACUUAUUUUUUUAUUUGCACCUUGUCACCGGGUCUGGCCAAUAAUAAUUGCAUUUAUCCCUUAAAUUGUACAUACAGUAGAUUUCCAGCACAGAACAAUAAAUAAGAUCAAAUGUUAUUAUGAUUAUUGUUGUACAAAAGGUACGUAGGGAGGGUUUAUGAAAUAUCCCACGUGUGACAUUUGUCAAACUGUUUGUCUCCUGCCAAAGUGGCUCAAUGUCUGUCUGCUCUACUGUACUCUGAUGAAAACUUUUCUUUUUCGACGAGAGUGUCUGUGAGUGUCUCCCAUUCGAGGUCAGACUGACAGGACUUUGAUUAAACGCACAGUUGAGUUCCCCCUGGCGAGAGUGUGUGUGUGUGUGUUUUGAUGGGUGUGUUUUUUGCAUUAGAGAUCCAGGCUCGUUGAAUCAGAAUUUCCAGCGCAUGGUUUAUGAGGGAGGUUUCAGAUGGGCCGGAGCCUGCUAGACCGCCGCAGCCAUUCAGGAAAUGUGCUCUGUGGCUCCUCGCGGCCAACUCCCCCAUCUCUCUCUCUCUCUCUCUCUCUCUCUCUCUCUCUCUCUCUCUCUCUCUCUCUC